AUGGCAGCUAGUCUUCCCACAUACGUACCCAUCUUUAAGGAAAUCUAUUCAAAGGCCUACCUUAACGCACUUGGACCAUUCUCAAGUAGUGAGAAUAGGCAGAAUAGUCCGAAGAAGAAUACAGUGGUGAUAACACCUAAUGGCCACAGUGAGGAUGAUAGUCAAGUGCCUAAAAGAUCGGAGAGACUGGGUCGGAAAGGAUGGACGGAGUUGAGAAAUAUGAGAGGGGAGGAUGUUUUCGGUGGGAAUAAAAAUGAGAAUGGUAGUGUAAUGGGACUGGGAAUAAAAAGGGGAUAUGAAAUGCAUGUUUGGAGUAAGCCAUGA